CUCGUCGAGGAGGAGAGCCAACCAACCAACCAAUCCGGCGGCGCUAGCCCUCGCCGCCGCCGCCAUCGCCGCCUGCCAUGGCCGCCCGCCGCGGCCCGCACGUCAUAAAGCUGCACGACUCCGCCCCGCCGCUGCUCGGACGCGCGCCGAUGGCGCCGCCUCCUGGCGCCCGCGACGAGCCCCCGCCGGCCGCCGUGCUCGUCCACCACCCGCGAGGGGGGCUCGCCCCCCACCCCGCCGUCGCGGCGCUCGAGGACCGGCUGUCCGCCCGCGACAGCGACAUCCAGGACCUCCUCGUCGACAACCAGCGGUUCGCGGCCACACACGUCGCGCUCCAGCAGCAGCUCAUCGGCGCGCAGCACGAGCUCCGGGCGGUGUCGAUCGCCGCCACCAAGGCGCGAGCCGAGCGCGAGGAUGAGGUCCGCGCCAUGGCGGAGCAGGCCGUGCGCAUCGAGGCCGAGGCUCGGACCUUCGUUGCCGCGCGCGCCGAGGCCGACCAGGUCCACGCCGACGUGCGGGUGCUCGCCACCGCGCGCACUGAACUCGUUGAUCGAUUGCAGGACCUCCGUGAGCAGCUCGCUCGCUUGCAGGCAGAGGCGGGUAAGACUGAAUCCGUCCGUGCCCAGGUUGAAACCAUGCGCCGGGAGAUCCAGAAGGGCAGGGCUGCAGUUGAAUUUGAAAAGAAGGCACAUGCUGAUAACCUUGAACAAAGUAAAGCAAUGGAGAAAACUAUGAUUGCUGUGGCCAGUGAGAUCGAGAAGUUAAGGGGGGAUCUUGCAAAUGCUGAAAAGCGGGCCACUGCUGUCAACACAGCAACACCUGUAGCUAAUCCCGGGUUUCCUACAACUUAUGGCAAUUCCGAGGUAACAUAUCCUGCAGCAUAUGGUAACUCUGAGACAAAAUAUGCAUCAACAUAUGGAAGUUCCGAGGCAGCAUAUGCAGCAACAUAUGGAAAUUCUGAUGCUUAUAGCACUAAUCAGUGGUCGUCUUCUUUUUCCACAGGUUCGUACCCGCACUGAUGGCAACCCUCACUACAUGGUACCUGUUGUUCAUUAUGCACAAUAUGAGGGCCAGCACACCAAUGUCCAAAGAUGAAUGGCGCGAGUUAGGCAGGAUAACUCUGACCUUUGCGGUGUCAUCCUGGGCCUUGUCAAUGUAAAAGGAUAGUUGCAGGAUACACCAAACUAAGACUGUUGACAAGUUCGUUCCAUGGAAGUGUUGGGUAUCGGUGUUUUUUCAUAUAUUUUCCUGAAUCAGUUAUGGAAUGCUCGAGCCAUUAGUCUAAAGUUAAUAUUUUUUUGAAAAUUGUCAAUGUGUCACCCUGAUGUACCAUGGUUUAGUUCCCUUGACCACAGGGAGUCGUUUUGUCAGAGUUGGUGAUUACCCGCGAAUGUAGUGGUGCAGCACUUUGUAAAUAUACAAUGGAUUAUGAGUCAAUGGCAACAGGUGCAAGUUAUGUAGUCAGCAAAACCAUUCUCUCAUGCAUCGCAUUUCGUUUGCAUGUGAAAGCUUCAA